AUGUUGGACCAGUCUGGUACUCCACUAGAAGUCAGAACUUCAGCAGAUGUUAAUCAAACUAUAACACCGUUGGCUUCUACUCCACCCUCUCAGGCAUUCGAGUCUUUUGACUUGGAUGGGAUUCGUUCACCCACUGCAGCCAUGCCAAAAUCAGUUAGUUUCUUGAGCAAUUUGUUUAGACGAAAGACUGGCUCAGUUCGCAGGGAUCCGUCUGUAUCUGAUACUGGAACCAUUUCAAACAGUCAGAACUUGAAUACUACAAUGCCAUUAUUUACCAAACCAACACUUUUAUCGCCUCAGCAACCCUCUGAUUGGAGUAUUAGUCCUGACCUACAAAGCUCACAGGUCAGCUCUGACACCAGUAGCGUUCACCAAAUGACAGAUGCAGACACUGCAUCUGAUACUAUAUCGAUUGCGUACAAUCCAACCAUGGUUCGCAGCAGGAGCAUCAGUGCAACUAGCAUUGCAAGCGGGAUAAGUGGUGUAGGAAAUAAUAUAACAUUGGCUUCGGGUGGUGCAUCAAACUCAUCUGCUUCGCGUAGUCAGCAUACAGAUGGUCGCAUCCAUUCUCCUAUUAAGCUCAUCAAUAGAUUGCGAAAUCUGGGUGCUUCAACCAUGUCCAAGGACUACUGGAUGCGUGAUGAAAAAGUAUGCGUUCAAUCAUAUGUACUGUAA